UGAGAUGUGGUUGGAUCGAAGCUUUCGUCGUCUCUCUUCACCCUUACAAGAGAAAUCCUAUGGUGGCCCUUCCUUUGGCUUCCUCUCAUAGAAGAUGGUUCCAGACUUUUCUCGGCGUAUCGCUCGAGUUUCACCUUCCGCAGCUUCACCAUCUCAAUUCCUAUCCCUCACAUAUUACUGAGGAUUUGUGCCUGAGUCUGCUCUCCUUGUGCUCCAAACCAAAGUCAGCAAGGCAGGGAAUCUGCGUUCACAGCCCUAUCAUCAAGCUAUGUUUCCAUGAUCACCUGUCGCUGAACAACCACCUCCUCUCUCUCUACUCAAAAUUUUGUGGUGUCGGCACUGCGCGGAAGCUGUUCGAUGAAUUGACUAGCAGAGACGUCGUAACAUGGAGCACCAUCAUCUCGGCGUUUAGUCGGGUCAAGAACCAUGAGGAAGCACUUGGAUUGUUCAAGUGCAUGUUGACUCGCUCUCCUCUUACCGGUCCUAAUGAGUUCAUUUACUCCAGCGCCAUCUGCUGCGCCGCCUCGCUCAGGUUACUGGACCUUGGAGCUCAAAUUCAUGCCCACGUUCAAAAGCGUGGAUUUGAGACCAAUGCUGUCGUUGGAAGCGCUCUGCUUGACGUCUACUCAAAAUGCGGCAGGUUCCAAGAAGCAUCUGAGAUCUUUGCUUCGAUGGACUACAGGGACGUCGUCUCGUGGACCACCAUGAUCUCGGCUCUCAUCGAAGCGAAGAACUGGGUGGGAGCAUUGCGGCUGUAUUUGCUCAUGAUCGAAGGCGGAACUUCUCCUACCGAGUACACCUUCGCCAAGCUUCUCAGGGCUUGUGGGUGCUUCUUCGGCCUUCGCGUUGGUAUGAUGCUUCACGCUCACCUGGUCCUGUGGGGAAUGGAGCUCAAUCUGGUGCUGAAGACGGCGCUCGUCGACAUGUAUUCGAAAUGCCACCGGAUGAGGGAUGCGCUUAAAGUGUUUCUCCAGACGGCAGACUCAGAUGUAAUGCUGUGGACGACGAUGAUCUCUGGACACUCCCAAGCAGAACGCUACUCGGAGGCAAUCACUAUGUUCCGUGACAUGAAGGAUGCAGGGGUGACGCCGAAUUCCUUCACCUACUCCGGAGUCCUCAGUGCCUGUUCAUCUGCUCCUGAGCCAGAACUGGGAAGGCAGAUUCACUGUCGGGUGAUCAAGGCAGGAUUGGAAGAUGAUGUAUCAGUUGCCAACGCACUGGUAGACUUGUACGCCAAACACUCCCGGGAUCUAGAUGACACAGUGCGCGCCUUCGCAGCCAUUGUAUCUCCCAACAUCGUCUCGUGGACAGCUUUCAUGGCCGGGCUUGCUCGACACGGACUCGAGCAGAAGGUGCUCCUGGCUUUGGUGGAAAUGCGACUUACCGGAGUGGAACCGAAUUCUUUCUCCCUGUCGACUGUUCUCAGCAGCUGCAACUCCGUAGAAGCUCUGGCUCAUGCCCGAAAGCUCCACUCUUACAUGAUUAAGACCAAGGUGGACGCGUCGGAUUUGUCUGCCGGGAACUCGCUGGUGGACGUCUACGCUAGAUUUGGGAGGGUGGACGACGCGUGGGCCGUCGCGCACACGAUGAUGGCUCGCAGGGACGUGCUCACGUACACGACCAUGGCCAAGGGGUUGAAUCAGGUUGGCCUUCACCGGAGGGCACUGGACAUGAUCGCGUACAUGCACGAGGAAGACUUGAGUAUCGAUGGUUUCAGCCUCGCCUGCUUCCUAUCCGCUACUGCGGGCUUGGCUGCAAUGCAAUCCGGUAAGCAGCUGCAUGGCUUCUCGGUGAAGUCCGGCCUCCUGAGCUGGAUCUCGGUCUCGAAUGGCCUCGUCGACAUGUACGGCAAAUGCGGAAGCGUAGAGGAGGCUCGCAGGGUCUUCGCGGCGAUCGAAGAGCCAAACGUGGUGUCAUGGAACGGAUUAAUAUCCGGCCUGGCGUCGAACAGCCGUUUCGUGGAAGCGCUGUCCGCUUUCGAGGACAUGAGACUGGCAAGAGCUCAGCCCGACGGUAUCACCUUCUUGCUGGUGCUGUACGCCUGCAGCCACGGCGGACUACCCGACGCCGGCGUCGAGUACUUCAACUCCAUGCAGGAAUUGCAUGGCGUGGCACCGCAGCAAGAUCACUAUGUUUGCUUGGUCGACAUGCUGGGGCGGGCGGGCAGGUUGGAGGAGGCGGCUUGCACCAUCGAAACGAUGCCGUUCCAGCCUGACGCGCUGGUGUACAAGACGUUGCUGGCUUCUUGCAAGCAGCGCAGCAACAUGGUGCUUGGAGAGUGCAUGGCGAGGAAGGCGCUGGAGAUCGACCCAUCGGAUCCGGCGAUCUACGUGCUGCUCGCGGGCAUCUACGACGAUGCAGGGAACGUGGAGUGGGCCGAGCAGACUCGCCGGAUGAUGAGGGAGAGGGCAAAGAGGAAGAGCCUGGGCCAGAGCUGGCUGUGACUGACAGAGAUGAUUGAGGAAGAAGUACAUGUUCAGAACUGCACCGAUCGAACAGUGCAAACACAGUGCAGAAUCAGCAGCUGUGUUUGGCCGAGCUGCAUCAUUGAUUAAUGGAAUCCAUGAAGCAGAAUAACAUUGGCAUUUUGGAAGACGAAGGGGACUCCUCUAACCAGACCCAAGUUAGCAUAAUUUACAAUGAGAGUGGCUCAGAACGAUGACUGAAGGUGUCAUAUCAAGU